AUGUGUGCUCUGGCAUCAACAUAUGAAGAACAAGGCCGAUUAUCAGAAGCGGAAGAACUGGACAAGCAUGUACUUCGGGUCCGAAAGGAAGAGAACGGUAUCAAAGACAUGGGGACUUUGGUCUGCAUGGGAAAUCUGGCAGGAGUGUAUGAAAAACAAGGUAGGUUGGAUGAAGCGGAGGCUUUGACACUUGAAGUCCUGAAAAACAGGACAAAAAUAUUCGGCAGCAACCAUGAAGCGACGAUUACUAGUAUGGCUAAGUCAGGGUCAAUCUACUAUGAAGCCGAGCAGUACCAAAAAGCAGAGGAGCUAACAUUGCAAGCGUGGCACUGGCGAAAAGCGAAUUUGGGUCACAGCCAUAAAGAUACGCUGGCCAGCGGGCAUACUCUUGCUAUGAUCUAUGAUGGACGGGAUGAGCUGGAAAAGGCAGCGGCGCAACAUUCAGAGAUGCUCGCUUUGAGAGAGGAACAACUAGGUCCCAAUCACCCCGAAACAUUUUGGACCAAAGUCUAUCUUGCAGGCGUAUAUGAACGCCAACAAAAGCCAGUCGAGGCCCAGGAGCUGAUUCUGGAGGUGCUAGAGCGUCAGGAAAGGUACCUCGGACCGUCUCAUCCAGACACAUUGGCCAGUAAAUUGGCUCUUCCCGCUCAUACUGGACCACUGAUAUAUUUGAUUUGGCAGAAAACCUAG